CGAGAAAAAAAUAUCUUAUAAUCUCAACUGUUAAAUUUUUCAUAAGGUUGCAAUUGAAAACUAGAAAUUGCAGUACAAUAUUUAUGUUUUUCAAAGUAUAAUGAUUUAAAGGAAUACACAAGAGCUACAUGUCACAACCCGACCUUAGCUCAGUUGGCAGAGCGGAGGACUGUAGUAUGAAGGCUGAUAUCCUUAGGUCGCUGGUUCGAAUCCGGCAGCAUUGUGAGGAAGAGGUUCUCAGACAUCUGAUGAGGAAACUGAAACUGGGUGCUCAGAAAGUGCAGCUGCAGAACUGGAAACUUGCUCAAUCCAACACUCACAUGGCGGCGGUUAAGGCCCUUCAACAUGAGCUUGUAUGCAAGGAAGCCAUACUCAAAGCAAAGACAAAUAAGGAUAAGAAGGGUGAAGUUGGAGAAUCUACACCAUAUGUUGAUGAUGCCAAAUCAGUUAAAAGCAACAUGAAGCUUCAAGCCACCAGGAGAAAAUCAAUGGUCCAUUUAACUCCCUCCCAACAAGUUGCAUCAAAGGGAGGCUCAGAUAACAAACGGGAUGAUAUCGUGAAGCCGAGCAAAACCACAAAACGUCAACCGUUUGGGCAGCUAGGGAGGUUCACGGCCAAGGAGGGAAACCCCUAGGGUUUCGGCUGAGAUGAGGGACGAAAGGG